GUCCACGUGCAGCCGAGCGGCGGCCGGAAGUAAACAAACGUCACGUGACACGGACACCCGGAUGCAGCCGUUUCCUUCCUCUCCGUUCGGGCAUGCGCAGAAGGAACCGCGGAGCCCGACAACACAACAGACGCUGCUUUGUAUCAGACGCGGCGACAUCCGGGUACCUGGCUCCCGGACCUCUACCUGACAGACCCGCUAUGGGCGCCGCGGGUUCGAGUUCCGAAGCGGAGCGCGAGCCGCUGCUCGCGCCGCCCCCCCACGCGGCGGACGGCAACGCGCCGCCCGCGCACGUCCGCGUGUACGGCCGCCGCUGGCUGGUGCUCGGCCUGUUCUCGCUGCUCGGCCUCCUGCAGGGCGCCGUGUGGAACUUCUGGGGGCCCAUCCAGAGCUCGGCCGCGCGCGCGUUCGGCUUCGGGCGCGCGGACAUCGCGCUGCUCGUGCUGUGGGGCCCGCUGGGCUUCGUGCCCUGGCUACCGUUCAUGUGGCUGCUGGACAAGAAAGGUCUGAGGGCCGCCCUCCUCCUCUCGGCCUUCUUCAUGCUGCUCGGUUCGGCUCUGAGGAGCUUCCCUCUGGCGGAGCCGCCAAUCAGGAGAUGGUUGAUCCAUGGAGGUCACCUCCUGAACGGGUUGGCGGGCCCUACCAUGAUGAGUGCCGGCCCCUUCCUGUCCACCACGUGGUUCGCCCCGGACCAGCGCGCCACCGCCACCGCCGUGGCCUCGCUGUUCUCCUACCUGGGCGGCGCCGCCUCCUUCCUGGUGGGCCCCCUGGUGGUGCCGGCCCCCAACCGCACCUGGGCCGCCGCCGGGGGGGCGGGCCCCGACGACGCCAUCCGAGACCGGAUCCAGCUCGUCAUGUAUGCAGAGUUGUCUGUGAUCUCCGUCCUCUUCGCGGUGGUGUUGCUGUGUUUCCCGUCUCGUCCUCCUCUUCCUCCCAGCGUGGCCGCAGCCAGCCAGAGGCUGAGCUACCGGAGCAGCAUCUGGAGACUGCUGAGUAACGGGCGCUUCCUGAUGGUGGCGCUGGCCUACGCCGUCCCCUCUGGAGUCAUCGCCGGCUGGGUGGGAGUCCUGGACAUGGUGCUCACCCCAGCUAGAGUCAGCCAGGUGGAUGCCGGUUGGAUCGGGUUCUGGUCGGUUGUGGGUGGCUGUGUGGUCGGCGUGGCGAUGGCCAGGUUUGCAGACUCCAUCCGGGGGAUGCUGAAGCUGAUCCUGGUGCUGAUGCUGGCGGGCGCCUCGCUGUCCUCCACCUGGUUCACCCUCACCUGCCUGAGCUCCUUCACGCACCUCCCCUCCACUGCAG